AUGAGCGCGACUCCGUCCUCUUCCCUCCCGUCUCCCGCCAGCGACAUGUCCCCGUUCACACGCUUCAUGGACGUCAGACCCGCUCCUGCGAUCGCGAAACACGAGUCCGAUCUCCUGCGCUCCAUCCGCACCGCCCUGCGCGGGACGGACACAGAACCGAGCGGCAUCAACACCGUCAAGUACGAAUCCUCGGGGCCGGACGGCAUCCUCGUCAAGGAGCUCUGCUGGGACGCGCGGCGCGUCGUCGUCAGCGCGGGCGGCGUCGUCCUCCAGCAGUGGUCGUUCGCGCACGAGGGCGAGCCCGUGCGCUGGGCGUGCGUCGGCUGGCUCGAGCAGGCGGGCAUCGUCGCCGCCGCGCGCUCCUCGGGCCACUACACCUCCGAGUUCCACGCGGGCCCGUCGCGCCCCGCGGACGCCUCUGAGCGGCCGACGUUCGGGCCCUUCGCGCGCGCGGAGCAGGCGCGCAAGCGCGCAUUGGAGCCUGCGGUGCGUGUGCGUGCGACGUUCGUGUUCCUGCGCAGCAUCGGCAAGAUUUUCCUCGAGAGCGGGAUCGAGUACACGUUCGCGCUGCCGUUCAUCGUGCGCCGGGCGUGGCCGCUGCACCCGCAUGGUGUCCUCGUGCAGCGCGUGCUCGACGCGACGGAGAUCCAGGAGGCGGAGAUGACGGACGACGAGCCGCUGCCGACGGUGUUCUCGCUCACGAGCCCGCUCGCUGAGCCGGCGGUCGUGGGCGUCGCGGAGGGCAUCGUCGGCGGCUUCCAUUCGGUGCCUCCGUCGCUGGUGAAUGGGCACCACGACGACUCGGCGCUGCUGCAGUCGAUUCCGCCGAAGGAAUCGGUGGUGUGGGUCUCGAGCCGUGCGUGCAGGGACGACGAUGACGUCGUCGUCACUGUCGACGCGGAGCAGCGGCGGCUGAGCAUCUGGCGAUACACGCACAUCAAGCCGAAGGACGCGCCGAUAUCUCAGAGCCGUCCCUCGACGCGGAAAAAGCGGGCGUCGAUGCAUGGCGGCGCUGGGGACAGACGUCACUCCAUGGGGGGGAAUAACUCGUUUGAUUGGGCCGCUGCGCCUUCCAUCAACGAUCAUCCUCUGGAAAAGUCUCCAGCAGCAGACACUCGCAAACUCCCUCCUUUGUCUGCCCUUCCUGGAAUGCCACCGUCUCUGUCCACAACGACCACCAUGGCUUCGUUGGUAGCCGGCGAACCCCCGCCUGGUGCUCAGCUACUGACCUCUCCGCCACCCAAGGCAAGGCGCAAUUCACUGGGGCGAAAAGAACUUGGGGCCUCGAUAGACCGGAUCGCGCUGGGAGGUAGGCCAGAAGUGGAUGCCUCUUUGCCGCCCACCGAGCAUACGAGAAUGAAAGCUGCAUUUUGGGUGUCAAAGCUUCACUCCAUGGACAUACCAGAGCUCGACGCUCCACAGUGGUGGAACAUCACGGCCGCGAUAUUCGAUCAACGUUGGGAUGGUAAAUUGGACCGAACGCUCCUCGGGAUCUGUCUGCCAGGCUCCCAAAUGCUCCACAUCUUCGCUCUCGUCAAAUCCGAGGACAAGAUGAUCAAAGUCGCACCGAUGGGACAGCACCCGGCCAUGUCGAUCGCCGCGAUGCGUGUGACACGGAAUAACGUGCACGAUUUGCUGUUGCUCAGAUCCACAGGUGGACUGUUGGCAUUGACCCAUGGUCUUCGGAGUGUCGCGUUUCCCGGACCGCCGCCUCCAGAGGAAACCAAGAGUCCAUCGUCGAUGAACGCUGCUUGGAAUCCACGUGCGCCGCCGCCCACCCCCAAUCCGAGUCCUAUCCGUUUGAAGGAUGCUCUGUAUUCUACUGUCACCGUCGAGUUCUCAGACGGCUCUACUCGAUUGCAUACUGUCGAUUACGUCCCCACUGAUCUUCUCACCGAGCAGUGCCUUCAGGUCCUGGCUGUGACGCUGCCAGUGGACUGGUCGUGGAACAUACACGUAAAGUUUCUGGAUGUGUGGAUCCAAGCUGACCGAGACCUCGCACAUGAAGUGCAGUUCGAGUGCUUCUGCAGCGCGCUUUGCGAUGCCUUUGGUCUCGAUCAGUUUCUAAAAGACAAGCCUGAGCCCGUGCGCGACCCUUGGGAACGCCUGGCAUCGUCGCCGUCCGCCUCUCGGUUUGCAGAGGAUCCCAUAUUGGCCGGAAUGAAGCUGCCGUCGCGCAAAGAGAUCUCUCGCCACACAGCUCCUGCCUCAAAAGCGCCGCACAGACUUUUAGCACCUGUGCUCAACGCCUUGCACAUGCUCGGCGAAGACAUUCGGCUCAUGGUGCACCGUUAUCAGUCUCUCCUGCGUCUAGCCAAGCUGAUAUGCCAGAUCGCCUCCAUUAUAAGACCAGAGUGGGUGGAUUAUUGGAAGCGUAUCUGUCCAGAUGUAACUCCUGGAUGGAUCACUGACGUCAAGUACGUGGACGAUCGACUGCCUGUGUGGCCCCCAGAUAUGUCUGCGAUCCUCUUUGGAAGGCUCAGCAAUCCGGAAUGGAAACUUCCGUGGUACGACACUAACAAGCUGUCUGCAACGUUUCAUCUACGGCCGUCAUUUGCCUACGGUCGGUUGGAGCCUCUCGGAUACCUUCGGCAAAUAACUGCGAUCUAUCGAUGCCUGGCGGACAAGCACGUCGACGAUAGCCAUCAGAGGGCAGAGAACGCAGUGAAAAUGAUGGUCAAGUCUCAUCUCGGAGUCGACUUUAUGGACUAUCUCCCUCUAGGCAUUGCUGCGCCCCUGCGGGAAGCGGCGCGAACAUGUCAACUCUCCCCAGGUCAAGAUUGGGCCUCGGCCGCGUACGAGUUUGUUGGAAGAAAUGACUUGGCGCAAGGUGUCCACGUUGAUUCGGACGCGUUGGCGACUGGUGGUUACCGUUCUGUCAACGAGUUUCUGGGACCCCAUUCUCGUAAGACGAUACGAAAUCUUGUUGAAAACGCAACGGCGGCAGCAAUGGGCGAGUACAAUGAGGUGUCCGGGGUAGAGCUAAACCUCGAUGACUUCACGCACAUUCGAUUCGGACAAGACAAGCGACUAGAAGAGGUGGCUCGCAUGCUCCGAUCGUCGGACAUCCCCGCAGUACGAAUGGUCGAUCGUCCUGAGCUGAACGAACACGAUCAAGUCAAAGAACAGCAAAACCACGUCAUCAGGAUUGCCGAACGGACUUUGGCACUGCCAUUGGGCAGGGCCAUGUUCACCUUUGGCUCUGUGCCCAGGGUGAAUCGCGAAGCCUACACGAUUCCGAAGAUGGAGUACUCGAUACGCUUACAGCCUCAAAACAUCAUCAUAGUGCCAGAGCCAUACAAAAUACCCCCGGAAAGCUUGAGCUGGGGCGACUUUCAUAAUGGAGUGGCUGCAGCGUUGCGCAUCUCCCCUUCUACGAAGAUGAUCGAUAGUUCCUGGAUCAAGUUCAACAAGCCAUCUGAACUGACACCUGAACACGCCGGAUUCUUGUACGGUCUCGGCCUCACCGGGCAUCUCAAAGAGAUGUUGACCUGGCACACCUUUGGAUACUUGACGCCCAAACACGACCUGACCUCAAUUGGUGUUCUCCUGGGUUUAUCUGCAGCCAAUGUUGGCACAGGAAACCGCCACGUGACCAAGCUGCUCGCCGUUCAUACCCCUGCCUUGUUGCCAACGCCGAGCAUUGACCUGAACGUUCCGUUGGUCACUCAAGCCGCCGGAUUGGUCGGUAUCGGCUUGUUAUUCAUGGGCACCAAACACCGCCGCAUGGCCGAAGUCUGUCUCAAGCAGAUCAGCCGAGGCGACCUCAAUCAGCCAGACCUCAGCAACGAACAUCGCGAGGCGUACACGAUGUCCGCCGCCCUCGCCUUCGGUAUGGUGAUGCUUGGCAAGGGCUCUACAACUAUCAUACCAGCCGACGAAGCUCUGAUAUCAGAACUUCGGGUUCUCAUUCACGGAGAAGCGCCUUCUCAUCUGCGCGGUCGGCGGACGAGACCUGCCUUCGACAUCAAUUUGACUUCACCUGCUGCUACCAUCGCUCUAGGUCUGAUGUACCUCAAAACAGAAAGUCAAGAAGUGGCCGACGUACUCACUGUGCCGGACACCAUUCUUGCAUUGAACCGCAUCCCUCCCAGCUUCUUGCUUCUGCGGACCUUGUCAAGAGCCCUGAUCAUGUGGAACAGAGUUCGCCCCAAUCAAGAAUGGCUGGAUUCGCAGAUACCCGAGCCGAUCUCGAAAGCCAUGGACGCUCGCACUGGAGGCAAGCCAGUGGACGAUGCGGUGGAACUGGCUUACUAUAACAUCGUCUCUGGCUGCUGUUUUGCGAUCGCUCUCAAGUAUGCUGGAACUGCUGGAGAAGAACCAUAUGUCAUGCUCAUCAGCUACUAUGACUUGUUCAGUCGCUUGGCAUACACGAACGGUCCUGCAUUCGAUCAUAGAAUCAAACGCCAUGCCAUUCGUGACGGGCUCAACCUAAUCUCUAUUGCUUUGAACAUGGUAAUGGCCGGAACAGGGGAGAUCAACUGUCUCCGCAGGCUUCGAUAUUCUUAUGGUAUGUACAAUCAGGCCAUGCGCUAUGGAACGCAUAUGGCCACGCACAUGUCUCUUGGCCUGCUCUUCCUCGGAGGCGGUCGCUUCACCUUGGGAAACUCAGACGCAGCCGUGGCUUGUAUGCUUGCCGCAUUCUUCCCUCGGUUUGCCUCCCUCUCCUCCGACAACAAGUCAUAUCUACAAGCGCUUCGCCAUCUAUGGGUUCUCGCGGUCGAACCACGAUGCCUGAUCGCUCGGGACGUGGACACUAAAGAAAUCGUCUAUCUUCCGGUGAAGAUCAAAGUCAAAGAAGAGAAGGAGACCGGUAUCGCUCAGUUGAUUUCCCCGACCUUGAUUCCCGACUUUGACAGACUGCUUUCCAUCCGCGUCGAUACCCCAAGAUAUUGGCCGUUCUAUCUUGACUUGGCGCGGGUCCCACGACACAAGGAGUCUCUCCUUCGCAAUCAAACGAUAUUCGUCAAGCGCAGAACGGCGUUUCUCAGCUAUUUGGAAGAUCCGAAAGGCAGUCGCAGCUUGUUCGUGCGCUCCGGUGCAUCCACGGGCGAUGCGGCGACGCUAGACUUCCCGCGCCUGACGGACACCAAGGCGCAUCCCGCGAGCGACCUCAACCAGUUCAUAUCCUCCUUCUCCAACGACCCCUUUUUUUUGUCCUUCGCCGACCACUUCUGCCGCGAAGCGGGAGAGACGGAGGAAGAACAGCUGUUCCACGCAUACUGCCACGCCAGCCUGCUGGACAGCAUCCUCCAAGACAAGCACCAGGUCCUGCAGACGCUCACCCUACUCUACCGCUAUCGCACCAUGUCGCCCUCGUCGCGGUACUUCCACCUGCGGCUGCAGGAUCUGCGGUUCGCGGUGGACUUUUACAGUAAGAUAUAUGACCGCCGGUUCAGCGGCCGCAUGGAGGGCAACGCGCGCUCGCCACUCGUCCGCGACAGUACACUAUCCGGCGUGCUGCAUGCGCUGGACCAGCACCUCGAGCCGAUCCGCACCGCGCCUUGGUUCCUGCGCGCUCUGGGCCAGUACGCGCGCGGCGCCCCCAUGACAGACCUCGACGUGGCGGCGCAAGACGUGUCGCGCAAGCUGGCGUGGUAUCUCCUCCGCAACAACGUGCCCGUGUCGACGAUCCUGAUGGUGCUCCUGGAGCUCGCGCAGCAGGCCCAGGCGCACUGCCUCCACGCGCCACCGCCCGAGGGCACCUCGAACGCGGUCGGGCUCAGGAUCGGGGUGAGGGAGGUCUUGCACACGACGGGGACGCAGAUGACCAAUACGCUGGGCUCAGGGUGGUCCGUGCGGUCCUUAGACGAGAUGAUGAAAGCUUGGAAAGAUAAUCUGUAG